AUUUCCUCAAACGGGAGCACACAAGCCGAUGUAUUACGGUCUGAACAUGAAACCCAACUACCUCCGAGCAAUUUUGGACGUCAUUAAAUAUUACAACUGGAAAUCUAUCUUUUAUCUUUACGAUUCCGAUGACGGAUUUUUCAUUUGCAGGACUUUUAAAACUUCAAUACAUAUUUCAAUUAAGCGCAGAGAACUACAAAUUGGAGGUACCCGUGGUGAAGAAGAUAAAAAAUGCCACCGAAGCUAAUGAUUUUUUGCAUUCAGUAGAGAUAGCCGAUCCCGUUAGUAGAAAAUAUGUAGUUUUGGACUGCAAUGCCGCAACAGCCAGAUCCGUUGUCAUUAAUCAUGUCAGGGAUAUAUACAUGGGAAGGAGGAACUACCAUUUUCUCUUUACCAAUCUGGUGAUGGACGAAUAUUGGAAUAACGAAGUGUUAGAAUUUGGGGCUCUUAAUAUAACGGGAUUUCGGAUUUUGCAACCGUCUUCUUCGGAAUUUAGGCAUAUUUUAUCUACUUGGAAAUUUCUGGAUCCUUCCAGAUGGCCAGGAGCGGGAACUAAAUAUAUAUCGGCCGACGUUGCUCUUAUGUACGACAGUACAAAGGUGAUUUUGGAUGCGUACAAUCGCCUGUUAAAAAGGAAGCCAGACAUAUUCCGUAACAAUUUUCGAAGGGGCGAAGUAUACAACAAUGGCACCAAAGGGAUCGACUGUAGGAGGCUCCCAGUUUUGGCGUGGGAACACGGAGAGAAGCUUGCAAGAUAUAUGAAGAGGACGGACAUAAAAGGGUUAACAGGUAACAUCUCGUUUGGGGAAGACGGACAAAGAAAAAAUUUCUUCAUAGACGUGGUGGAAAUGAACAUGAACAGCGAAAUGGUUAAGCUGGGAAGAUGGACACCUUCCGGCGGAUUAGUCUUAGAUUCUUCAGUUUUUCUUCGUCAACCGAAGAGUAAAGAAAUCAAAAAUAAAACCUUUAUCGUGACAAGUAUCUUUGAAGAGCCUUAUUUAAUGUUAAAGAAAGCCGAAAUCGGCGAAGAAUUAAUCGGAAACGAUAGAUUUGAAGGUUAUUGUAAAGAUUUAGCGGAUUUAGUUGCCGAACAUCUCGGUAUCAAGUACGAGUUAAGGUUAGUAAACGAUAGCAAAUAUGGAGGACAAGAUCCAAAUGCCGAAAUGGGCUGGAACGGAAUGGUUGGAGAACUUAUACGACAAGUAAGUUACCAUUUUAUAAACCUAAAUUACCAAAAAUCGCCCCUUAAAUACUCACCAUAAAAACUGUGCGUGAUGAAUUC